GAGAGAGACUGGGAAUGUGAAUGGAGUUUGUGUUUAAUUGGGAAAAAGACCAGAGCACAUAGAGAAAGUGUGGAAUUUUAGGAAGAUGUUACUAUAACUUUUUGGAAUUAAUUUCAUCCCUGAUAAUUUUUGCUUUUUGGUGUGUUUUCCUCAAUUUGUCUUCUCACUCCUUUUCCAUCUGCACAACACCACUGUGUUUCUAUGUGUGUGUGUGACAUAUAGUGCAAUAAGUCAUGGAACUGGAGCGUUUAGGUGGUGGCGGGGUUAAACCCGAGAGGGGCAACAGUCGUCUCUACAAGAUAGCCCUGGCCAUGUGUGUGUGUCUCUGUGCCGCUCUGCUGCUUGCACUCAUACUGGUCUCUCAGAAAUCUAGUCAGGAGGAAUUUUGCCUGACCCCAGAAUGCAUUGAAGCAGCGGGGUCUAUUUUGAGUAAAAUGGAUCAGUCCAUUAACCCCUGUGAGGACUUCUAUUCCUUCUCCUGUGGCGGCUGGUUAAAGGACAACCCUAUCCCUGAAGAUUCCUCUUCGUACGGCAUCUACCCCUGGCUGCGGCAGCAUGUAGACAUCCGACUCAAAGAGCUGCUAGAAGCUCCUUCAGAACCAGAUGAACUGGAAGCCGUGACCAAGGCUAAGAUCCUCUACCGCUCCUGUAUGAACGAGACUAUACUGGAGCAGUUGGACACCAAGCCAAUGUUAAAAACACUUCGACAACCGGAGUUUCGGUGGCCUGUCGUGGGGGAUGGGCUCGGUGGGGAGUACCAGUGGUUGGUGGGGGAGUGGAACCUCCUGAGAACGCUGGCAGAGAUGAAGAACCAGCACAGUAAAAGUGUCCUGAUUCGCCUGUACGUCUCCCCCGAUGACAAAAACUCCUUACACUACAUCAUCAAGCUCGAUCAGGCGUCCUUGUCUCUGCCCUCCAGGGAAGACUACAUCACCAACACUUCCUCCGCCCGGGCGUAUCGUGCCGCCUUGCUGAGUUUGAUGGUAGAUACCGCCGUCAUGCUGGGCGCUCCAAAGAAAGCAGCACUGACCCAGAUGGAGAAAGCUCUUGCCUUCGAGACCAAACUGGCUCAUAUCCUGAUUCCCUACGAAAACCGCACCAGUGAGAACAUGUAUAACAGACACUCGCUCUCUGACCUGCAGCGCGACAUACCACAGUUUGAUUGGCUGGGUUUUGUAAAAGCCAUGGUGGAGUCUAAAGCCGACCCAACUCGCACCAUCUCCUCCUCUGAGCCCGUCAUCGUCCGAGUGCCGCAGUACUUCAAGGAACUUUUCAACCUUAUUAACACUACAGAUCCCAGGACUGUUGCUAACUAUGUACAGUGGAGGACAGUUUUUUCCAGGAUCACCACUCUGAGCCGGCGUUUUCUUUACAGAUAUCUGGAUUUUGCGCGGGUAACCACGGGAACCACCUCUCUGACCCCGCGCUGGGAUAAGUGCGUUAACUACGUGGAGAACUCGCUUGUUUAUGCCACCGGGCGCCUCUUUGUCAACACACACUUCCAGGAGGACAAGAAACACAUGAUGGAGGAGCUGAUUGAGGGCGUUCGCUGGGCGUUUAUCGACAUGCUGGAGAAGGAGAACGACUGGAUGGAUGAAAUAACGAAGAAGAGAGCCAUAGAGAAGGCUCACGCAGUCCUGGCGAAAGUCGGCUACCCGGAGUUUAUCCUGAACGACACCUACCUCAACGAGGACUUAAAGGAGCUAAGUUUCAGUGAGAAGGACUACUACGGGAAUGUGAUGCAGACGUUGAAAUUCAUCGCCCAGUCUGAUGUCGCCUGGCUCCGAAAGCCCGUCCCGCGUACAGAGUGGUUUACAAACCCAACAACUGUCAACGCCUUCUACAGUUCCUCCACAAAUCAGAUCAGAUUUCCUGCGGGAGAGCUUCAAAAACCCUUCUUCUGGGGAAGAGAGUAUCCAAGAUCUUUAAGUUACGGAGCCAUUGGGGUGAUAGUAGGACACGAGUUAACACACGGCUUUGACAAUAACGGUCGCAAAUAUGACAAAAAUGGCAAUCUCAAACUCUGGUGGACCAACUCGUCCGAAACGGCCUUCACUGAGAAGACUCGCUGUAUGAUUGAACAGUAUAACGGUUACCAGUGGGAGGAGGCAGGCCUGAAAGUGCGAGGCAAGAGGACUCUGGCAGAAAACAUAGCAGACAAUGGAGGAAUAAGAGAGGCUUUUAGGGCGUACCGGCGGUGGGUGGAUGAGAGCAGAGGUGGUGUGGAGGAGUCUCGGCUGCCUGGAGUUGGGCUGAACAACAACCAGCUGUUCUUCUUGAGCUAUGCACACGUGAGAUGUAACUCAUACAGACCAGAAGCAGCCAGAGACCAGAUCCAGAGUGGAGCUCACAGUCCACCAAAAUACAGAGUAAUCGGGGCGAUGAGUAACUAUGAGGAGUUUCGGAAAGCGUUCAGCUGCCCCGAAUCGUCGGUUAUGAACCGAGCUGCAAAGUCCUGCCGGGUUUGGUGACCUUUGACCUCAGCUUGACCCUGAACCAGCAGGGCGUCUGUUAAUGCUGGACUCAUAGCCAGCACAGUUUACAUGAUGUGGGAACAAAAAUGAGUUCUUCUCACAGAAAAACUGCACUCAUGUUUGGGCAAGAGUGGAAAAUGUUAGAGACUGAAGCCAUUUUUAAUGAGCUACUGUAUAUUGUUACUGCAACAGAUCUGUAACUUUUUCCACAGGUACAUUUACUGCAUAUGUUUGCAGAUACUGCGUAAAUUAUGACUGCAGCCAUUUGCUGAGGACCAUACUUUAUGGAUUAUAAAAAUGUUGGAAAAAAGGGCUGUCCCUUUUUCCAGCAGCCCUAAAUGUACUGUAAGUGUGACUUGAUGAAGCUAGAACCUUUCUUAUGGGAAUAAAAAUGUAUAUAUAUUAAAGUAAAGGUAAAGUGAGCAGAUGUUUUUUUUUAACAGAUACCCAUAUUUCAAAUGCUACAGUAACUGUGUGAAGUAUAUGCGGUCAAUGUCUGCAAAUAUUCAUUAGCAGCCAUGUUGAUGAAAUCCCCAAGAUUUAUCAAUGUUUGAGCAUCAAUAUGAGGGAAAAUGCUGAAUAUAAUACCAAAAACAUGUAGUUAGAUAUUUACAUUACAGUGUGAUCUCAUAUAGACCAAAUCAUUGUGUCGUCACACUAAGGGCUUGUUUAUAUUCUUUUUACAUAUGAAAAUAGAUACAUACGUUUCAAACUUUUUAAACAUCACUGCCUUUAUACUUCCACGUGACCUUGACGUCAGAAUAGAUACAGCCACUAAAUGGCACUAGAGGCUCGAGUCAAAAGGUUCAUGUGACACCAAAAAGGGGACAAUGGAGGAAGUCCUUACAGAGGCAUUGUUGUAGACAUAGCUGUUUUUUUAGGCCAUUAAAGACAUCACAACAAUGUGGACGGAGAAUUCUUUUUUCCUAUAUAAUUGACUUAUUCUGUUCUGCUAUUUUUUAAAUGUUUUGUUGCCUCCUACGGAUGUUAUCUCACUUGAACUACACUACACUGCCAGCAGGAUCUCUUAUAGUACUGCUCUGUUUUGUCCGUAUAUAUAACCUUUCAGAAAAGGUGCACAAAUAAGCACAAGUGAAAGGAUAGAAAACUCUGUCUGUGUCCAUAUCUAACUUUAAACAUAAAUGAGCCCUAACAAUAACAACCACUUCUGGGAAGACAACCGGAGAUAUGUGAGAUCAGUAAAACUUGUUUAUUUCUGUUUUGAUUUUCAGCUGUAACAUUUAAAGAUAUGUUGUAGUUGUCCGACCUGUCCGAUGUUUCUGCUGUGCUAAUUUUAUGUACUGUGUUGCUUCUCUAGCGUUUUUCAUAAAUUAAAUUUACCGGCACAAAAGCUGAGUGAUGUACUGCUGUGGACGGGGCAUGCAGCAAAAUAUAUUCUACCCAUCUAAAAAAAUCUCUGUCAGAUUAAUUGUACAUUAUAUUGAGAAUAUUUCCUGUAUUUACCUUACACACUAACCAAUCAGAACAGCAGCAGAACUCCCAUGUUCUGCAAAGUAAAUUAUUGUUUUUGUCACUGGAGUCUGGUGGCUUUGAGAUAACCACUUCAGUUCCCCGUCAGAAAGAGCUGUCUGACGGCAAGAUAAAGCAUUAAAAAUAUUCCAAAUAUAGCAUUCACUUGAACUAAUAAUGAUUUUUUGAAGUCGGCCUUUUG